ACUGCUCGGUUACCAAGCAACUUUUUGCCACGUUGCGCGCAUGCCUACGAAUAAAUUUACGUAAAGAAACAAAGAUGGAGUACUUGUCGAGGGGAUUCAAGUCUGUUUUGGGCAAUCAGCAGGCCGGCUCUCAGCCGUCCGCUCACGAAACGGUUGAGAGAUUGUGUGACCGUGUUGCUUCCUCAACACUUCUAGAAGACAGAAGAGAUGCUGUCCGGGCUCUCAAGUCUCUUUCAAAGAAAUUUCGUUUAGAAGUUGGAACACAAUCAAUGGAUCUUCUGAUAAAUGUUUUACAAACAGACAGAAAUGAUACAGAAAUCACUGGCUUGGCUUUACAGACUCUCUGUAAUCUUCUCUCAGCAGAUCCAGUCCAAGCUGAUGAGGGCGGUAGGGACGCUGGUCAGACAGCCUCAGAUGCUGAGUUAGGAGUUCAGUUUACAGAGAUCUUUAUCAAGAAAACUGAUAAUGUGACUUUGUUGCUUGGUCUGUUAGAGGAAUAUGAAUUUCAGGUUAGAUGGCCCACAGUUAAACUUCUUACAGUGUUGCUGACAAAUAAAAGUUAUCAGCUCCAGCAGUGCAUUUUAGUGAGUCCCAUGGGUGUAUCCAGACUAAUGGACUUGCUGUCUGACAGUAGAGAAAUCAUCAGAAAUGAGGGUCUUUUAUUGUUGAUUCAACUUACCAAGUCAAAUGCAGCAAUACAGAAAAUUGUUGCCUUUGAGAAUGCAUUUGAUAGGCUUCUUGAAAUCAUCACAGAAGAAGGCUACAGUGAUGGGGGUAUUGUGGUAGAAGACUGUCUGUUACUGAUGCAAAAUCUGUUGAAAUUAAAUGUUUCAAACCAAAAUUUCUUUAGAGAAGGAAGUUAUGUUCAAAGACUUACUCCUUUUUUUGAGCUGGAACAAGUUCCUGUACCAGAAACUACUGAUAAUCAAGAUAAUUCAUGGUCCACUCAAAAAGUAUCAAAUAUCAAGCUUAUGUUACAGCUUGUCAGAGUGUUAGUGUCACCAGAUAAUCCACAGCAAGCCACAACAAACUGUCAGAAAAUAAUGAAUCAGUGUGGAUUGUUACGAUUACUUUGUAGUAUACUCAUGUCAACUGGAAUUCCUGCAGACAUUCUCACAGAGACCAUCAACACUGUAUCUGAAGUGAUAAGAGGAUUCCCGGCAAAUCAAGAAUAUUUUUCUCAAGUGAAUGCUCCAUCCAACCCUCCCAGUCCUGCAAUUGUGGUUCUUCUAAUGUCUAUGAUUAAUGACAAGCAGCCCUUCAGUCUCCGCUGUGCUGUCUUGUAUUGUUUCCAGUGUUAUCUUUACAAGAAUGAGCAAGGCCAGAAUGAGAUUGUAACAACCUUACUUCCCUCUUCAGCAUCUGCAGCUACCAACAUCUCGGCAGGACAGUUACUCUGUGCUGGUUUGUUCAGCCCAGACCCACUCUCCAACUGGUGUGCAGCAGUAGCUUUGUCUCACUGCCUGAAGGGGAACCCAACACAGAAGGAACAGCUUCUUAGAGUACAACUAGCUACUAGUGUUGGAAAUCCUCCUGUUUCAUUGUUGCAACAGUGUACGAACAUGCUUUCACAGGGAGGCGAGAUUCAGACAAGAGUUGGCUUGUUAUUGUUGCUGUGCUCGUGGUUAUCCAGUUGUUCACUGGCCGUAGCUCAUUUUCUUCACAAUUCUGCCAAUAUUCCAUAUCUGAUGGCUCAAGUUGAAGCUCACGGCGAGGAGGCUGACAGACUGGUGGGCGCGCUCUGUGCUCUCCUGUUAGGAAUUUGUUUAGACAAUAAUGACAACUCAGUGGCUACAUGUCAGAAAGACGAUCUUCGUAAUUUGAUAAUCAAGAGAAUAGGAACUGACAAUCUUCUGGACAAGAUCAGUUUUAUUUCCAAAUCAGAAUUCUUCACUGCAGCUGUGAAAUCACCUGAGAUCAAAGUUGAAUCUGAGAAACAUGUCCUUUUUGACCAUGAAUUUACCAAACUGUUCAAAAAGUUGGAAGCUGCUGUUACGAAAGCUAUCGAAGAAGAACCUUCACUACAGCAAAUGACGAACCAUGUAAACGGGAAAUCGCCUCAAGGAUUGGAAAACCAUGACUCCAUUGUGUCAUCGUACAAAGAACUUAUCAGAGAACAGGAUGAAGAAAUCGGCAAACUUAAAUCAAGAUACAGUGAUAUGGAAUCCUCUUAUAAUCAGGCUCAAGUCCAAAUUCAGCAGCAGUCUCAAGAAAUUCAACAACUUCGUGAACAACUUGUUGCUGUACAGAAUUAUCAAGCUCAGACAGGAGUGGCUGAGUCAUUCUUCACUGAAGGCGAGGAACUAACGAAUCUAAAAAAACAAGUGAGCGAUCUUGAGCAGAGCCGAGAUUCACUGCAGGAGCAGGUCAGGACUAAAGAUGAAAAGAUUGAAAAGUUGGAGAAGGAUCUUGAAGUCUGCCAGGCAUCAUUAGCAGUGGCUCACGCAGCCGCAGAACUGGCGACCUCUGAUCCGUCAGAACUGCCAUCAGUGCCAGCGAGUCUUACCAGUCAGCAGCUGGAUGAGUUAGCACAGCUGAGGCGAACUGUGACGACACUUCACGAGGAAUUGGACGUGUUGAGAUCGAUGAACACAGAGCUUCAGAAUGAAAUAGAGUCAGUGCGAGAGGAGGGAUUGAAGACGCCAACCAACAGCACAGAUGAAGUCAAAGCCGAGUUGGAAAAAGCGCGAAAAGAGAGCCACGACAAAAUCAAACUGUUAGAAGAGAAAUUAGCUGCCACAGAGAAAGAAAUGAGCAGAAUAGUACAGGAGAAAACAGCCUUGGACAAGGAACACGAAGACCUCCUGGUUAUGUUAACUGAACAAGAUGCCAAAGUUCUUAAAUACAAGAAACUGGCGAGAGAUGGCGGACAGGAAGUAAGUGAAGACGAGGAUGACGAUUACGAGGAAGAUGAUGAUGACGACGACGACGACGACGAUGAUGAUGAUGAUGAUGACGAAGACGAUGUUGAUGAUGACAAUGAAGACGAGUCUGAUAACGAAGGUGCCGGAAAUGAACAAGAAACAGAACAACAAAAUACUGAGAACACAGAACUUGAUGAAGGACAACUUACGUGAAACAGAAAAUUUCUGAUAGUUUUAUUAAUAUAACCUAAACACCAAUCCAAAGAAGCAGACACAUUUUAUUUUAAACAGUAUUGUACAUUUAUUUUAACACGAAGUUACAAUUCCAUCAGUUCCAACCCACUGUACCCCUCCCCUCCUUCUGCCCAAAAACUGAAAGAAGGGAGGGGAGGGGAGGGGAUGGGAAAGUCUAAUUGUCAUCGUUAUGCUUUAAUUCAACUUGUUUUCUGCUUUUUACCGAUUUUAUUAAAACAAUGAAAUUCGAAGACUGCUUCUGAACAUGAAAACUGCAGCUUUGAAGAUUUUACGCAUUCCACUUGUAAGAAAACAGCAUGUUUAGAGAUAAAGGUCAUCGAGUUUAAAGAAACAAAUUAAAUAAUGACAAAAGAAAAUCCAGCUUUAAAGAUACCGGUUAAAUGUCUCGUGUAAUGUCAGUAUAUUAUCCGCAGAGGUGGUAAGAAGAAUUUAAGUAAUAACUAAUAUCAAACUGAUUUGUGCGGUGAGGAGAAUUAAUUUCUUGAGCUUUGCAACUAAACCGACAAGUUUAAGAUGCCACACUCGCAAUUUAAUAGACUAAGAUAAACCACAAUCUUAAACGUUUUGAAACCUACACUGUGAUAAAAUUACCCAGCCUGGGAUUGUAUGGGACGCGUUUCAUUACUGGUUCCAGAUUUAAACAUAAAUUAAAAGUGAAGCUUAUUUGUGUAA